UUUUCAUCAAAAUUCCAUCUGCCAUCACAUUCGGUCUGCAUGGCCAUGUCUCGACCAUCCCCUACUCCUCCACAAGAAGGGGAAGAAGGACUAAGCCAUGACUGCAAGGAAUUACUCUCCUCCCUUCCGACGACAAAUGGGGGGCGCUUCACUCAUCUUUACCAAUACGAAGGCUUUUGGUACAACCAACAGUUUCUACUGGGAAUAAUCGCAUGUCAACGGCACUUCCAAGCUCACGAUAGCGAUUUACUACUGGCCACCACACCUAAAUCGGGCACUACAUGGCUCAAGGCACUUGCAUUUGCUAUUACGAACCGGGCCCGUUACCCAUUUCCUCAGCAUCCUUUGCUCACCAACAAUCCCCACAAACUCGUCCCUUAUCUGGAGAUGAACUUAUACUACGGCAACUCAACUCCUGAUCCUGAACGCAUUCGGUCCCUUGGUCUCUUCUCCACACAUAUGCCUUACACGUCUUUGCCACAAUCCAUUAAAGACUCUAAUUGCAAAGUUGUCUAUCUUUGCAGAAAUCCUGGAGAUGUGUUUAUUUCUUUUUGGCAUUUCUCAAACAACUUGAAAGUACCUGAGACUCAAUCACCAAUCUCUCUCGAAGAUGCAUUUGACCUUUUCUGUGCAGGCAUAUCAAUGUAUGGUCCUUUCUGGGAUCAUGUAUUGGGGUAUUGGAAGGAAAGCAAAGAAAGGCCUGAGAAGGUAAUGUUUCUUAAGUACGAGGAUUUGAAGAGAGAGCCAGUGGCUCCAGUGAAAAGGUUGGCGGAGUUUCUAGGAUGCCCUUUCACACCCCAAGAGGACAGAGAAGGCAUGCUACAUGAUAUAUUAAAGUUGUGUAGUUUUGAAAAUUUGAGCAAUUUGGAGGUGAAUAAGAUUGGAAAGACUCGACACGGAAACAACGACCCGUAUGAGGUCGAGCAUAAGCAUUUGUUUAGGCGAGGUGAGGUUGGUGAUUCUUUGAAUUAUCUUACUACUCAAAUGAUUGAACGGUUGGAUCAGAUCAUGGAAGAAAAGUUGCAAGGUUAUGAUCUGACGUUCCAAGUAUCUGUUUAGGGGCAUUUCACUCUUAUCCAAUAAUCUAUUUAUUCCUGUGUGUUUUCGUUUUUUGCUGUUGGGGU